UACCCGUUUCGAUAGGAAGGAAACCAAUCAACUACAAUGGCUCGUACCAAGCAAACCGCCCGUAAGUCCACCGGAGGAAAAGCUCCCCGCAAGCAGUUGGCUACCAAAGCCGCUCGCAAGAGCGCCCCAGCCACCGGCGGAGUCAAGAAGCCGCAUCGUUAUCGGCCAGGAACUGUUGCUCUGCGUGAGAUCCGUCGCUACCAGAAGUCCACUGAGCUGCUGAUCCGCAAGCUACCAUUCCAGCGUUUGGUUCGUGAGAUUGCACAGGACUUCAAGACCGAUCUGCGCUUCCAGAGCUCGGCUGUUAUGGCCCUUCAGGAAGCUAGCGAGGCCUAUCUGGUUGGUUUGUUCGAAGAUACCAACCUGUGCGCUAUCCACGCCAAGCGUGUCACCAUCAUGCCCAAGGACAUUCAACUGGCUCGGCGUAUCCGCGGUGAACGUGCUUAAAUUGAUUUAUUUUGCCACGCUGCACCAUCUACAAACGGCCCUUUUCAGGGCCACUAAACACUUUUCAGAAAAGAGUUGACGGAAUUUUCCUACCAAUCAAUCGACAAAAAAUUACAGAUCGAAAAAAAAAUGCUGCUGCCACCGCUCACUGUUCGAACAGGCAGCGAAUCCGGGUAGCGAAUUCGUUUCAUUGCUUUCUC